AAGAAGACACUUUAUCGUUGUCGUGAAGGAAUUUCAAAUCAACAGGCGUGCUAUCGAAGAAUGUACGGCCUUGAAAAUCGCCGAUCAAAUGUCGAAGAAGGAAUGCCGUUAACCGUAGAUAGGGUUCUCCCUUGGAAAUCACCAACGCCAUUAAAUGUCGAAAAAGCAGAUAAAAAACAAACGUACUACUCUUCAUUAGCAGAAAAAACAUAUGUGAAUGAUUUUCCAUUUUCUAACAAGUGA